CGACCCGGAAGAUCUGAACUCCGUCUGAAAGCAAGCAGACGGAGCACUCCAACCCUUUAUAACACACACACACACACACAUAUAUAACGUACAUAUACAUAUACAUCUGCAAUCCAAGGUUCAGGAUGGCUGAACCUCGCUUCAACAGUCCCUAUUUCUGGCCUCCACCACCCACGAUGCCUGGCCAGCUGGAUAACCUAGUCUUGAUCAAUAAAAUCAAGGAGCAGCUGAUGGCAGAGAAGAUCAGACCUCCGCAUCUUCCUCCUGCCACAGUCCCCUCCCAGCAGCCCUUACUGGUCCCCACCUCACAGACGGAAGGCGGCCAGCAUGGGAUGUCCAUUCCCAAGGUCCAGCAGAUGCCGGGACUCCACACACAUAGCCCAUCCCAGCCAGAUAUCGCCCUGCAUGCCCGCCCUGCCUCCAGCUCAGUCACAGGGCGUAUUCUGGGGGAUGUGAACUUGAAUCUGGAUGACAAAGCAGCUAUAAAAGCUAGAGGCCUGUGGGAGGACUGGCAUUUGCGUCAAAUCAUAGAUCAACCCUCGAGAACGAACCACCUAUCAGGUGUGGCACUGGCAUCCAGAACUGGCAACCUCAACACCUCAGAGAUCAUCACUCCUAACACGCCCACCUUAAGCGGCCAGAGUCGCCUGGGCGGGGCGCCCUCCCCCCACCUCUUGUCAGGGUUAGCCGGCGGCCAUGGGAUGGAGCCUUUAAAAAGCGUCGGGGGCCUGGCUGGACUCCUCGGGCCUCCCCCCAAAGUGGAGCGUAGCCGUAAGAAGAUUAAAGCGGAGAGUGGGUCUUCUCUUUUGGUGGUGCCCUACCCCAUCCUAGCCUCAGGCAACGACCAAUCCUGUGUCACCAUCACAGCCAAAGAAGGCAAAACAUACAGGUGUAAAGUUUGCCCGCUGACCUUCUUCUCCAAGUCCGACAUGCAGAUCCAUUCAAAAACCCACACAGAGGCGAAGGCUCACAAAUGUCCCCACUGCACCAAAUCCUUCGCCAAUGCAUCCUACCUGGCCCAGCACCUCCGCAUCCACCUGGGUGUCAAGCCCUACCACUGCUCCUACUGUGAGAAAUGCUUUCGCCAGCUCUCCCACCUGCAGCAGCACACCAGAAUCCACACAGGUGAUCGACCAUAUAAAUGUGCCCAUCCAGGAUGUGAAAAAGCUUUCACUCAGCUAUCUAAUCUGCAGUCUCACCAGAGGCAGCACAACAAAGACAAGCCCUUCAAGUGUUCCAACUGUUACCGUGCCUAUUCAGACUCUGCCUCGCUGCAGAUCCACCUGUCUGCACAUGCAAUCAAGAACGCCAAGUCCUACUGCUGCAGCAUGUGUGGCAGGGCGUACACCUCAGAAACCUAUCUAAUGAAGCACAUGUCCAAACACACGGUGGUGGAGCACCUGGUGACCCAUCAUCACUCCCCACAGAGGACAGAGUCACCCAACAUCCCUAUACGGAUUUCCCUCAUCUGAAUUUCUCCUCCCUCCCCUCCGCCAAUCCCUCCUCGCCCAUCCCUUACUUUUCCAUUAGAGACAUUUCCUGGGGCAUCCACUGUCCUGUGAUGGAGUCCGUUUUUCCCAGAGAU